AUGUCACGAACGAUGCAGAUCCCCAAGACAACUCUCAAAUCACUGGGAAUCUACUUCUGCGGUAUCUUCGCUCUGCUGCUGGUAGUCCGGUUCGCGGUGGACAUGGGAGCAUUGCGGAACUAUCAGCGCCCCGGUCCACAGACGCAUCCGGUCAUCAACAGAGCCAUUUUGAUCUCGACGACUGGCCUGGAAGUCAUCGUCCUGGGGUUGGAGUAUCGAGGAUUGAUCCAGAGCCAUGGCCGACGAAGCGCGAACAGUCUACUUCUCGGUGCUACUGCAGCACUCUUGUGCAGUGUACUGCUGUUUGUAGCCGCCGUGGGACGCAGAGCAAGACUUUUGGAUUGGAUGGCGGUCAACUGGUUCGUGCUACUCUUGAGUCUGCUGGGUGUGGUUGAAACAUUUCUUCCUCGGGGCGAACAGUCGAUGAAAGCGAUCAACGAGCCCGAUGGAUGA